UCACGAGGCAUAACUGGAAAUUUGAAGAACUUUAUUAUCGAUACCAUCGGUAUUCUUCAACCGAAUGCAAACGCUAAGCAGGGAUUGGAAGCAGUGAACGAAUUUCUGCAAUCUGUUGGACGUUUCGGUGAAUCUCCGUUUCUGUGGACGUUUUAUGGUAGUGCUGAGUUACCGCAAUGUUUUUGUCGUUUGUGUGCGGUUUACGGGGGGACGUAUUGUUUGAAGCAGCAAAUCGAUGCGUUCAUCAUCAAAAAUAACAGGAUCGAAGCGAUUCAAACGAGGGGACAACGUAUCUCGUGUAAGCACGUUAUUAUUAGUGCAUCGUAUUUGCCGGAUUGUUAUUUAACCAAAGAAAAGCGCAAUAAAAGUGUGCAACGAGCGAUUUUAAUCAGCAACAGCUCGGUGUUGAGCGAUUCACAGAAGGAACAUGUCAGUUGA